AUGCCGUCGCCGUCCGCAGGGUCCGUUGCUGGUGAACAUAAGCCCAGCAAAGGCAAGUCGAAAUCGUCUGUGACAUCUAAGCCAUCUACCGAUGCCCCGAGAGCUGCUUCAGCAGAGGCGUCUAGCAUGGACGAGGAGGAGCAAGUUUCUAAGCGGAAGACGGAAGCUGAGCCGAAGGAUGAAGACGACGCCCCAGUAGCCGUGGCGGUAGUCGCUGUUGAAGAACCGGACACCGAAAGCAAGCAGGACAUGGACGAGAUACUCAGGGAACUCGAGAAGCAAACCACCGUAAUAUAUCCGGAGAGUAACCUGGUCGUCGUCAUUGGCAUCCUGUGCAUCCUGUGGAUUUGCUUAUUGGUUUUCCUCACGAAUCCCAAGUACGGGCCUAAGCCAACGGCCUGGCCCAGCUCCGGGUUUCCGACUUGGCCUCCGUAUUAUCCUGGUACAACGAAGCCUUCAGUGGCUCCUCGGUCCAACGUGUAUAUCUGCUCGACCGACUACUGCGUGAAAGAAGGAGAACACGUUGCAGGGCUCUUGAGCCGCGACGUGUCGCCGUGUGACAAUUUUUACCGGUACGUUUGUCGCCACUGGGAGCGCAUAAUGCACAACCCAGCGAUGGGCAUCGGCGUGGCGACGUCGGUAGACACCCUGCUGCAGGACUCGAUGCACACCAAGGUGCUUGAGUACAUCCUGGACUCGUCGCACGAUGACGUGAUCGAAGCGAAACGACUUUACGAGUCCUGUGUUUCUUCCCACACCAGUUCGAGCAUCACGGAGCUGAGGCAUAUUUUCUCUAUGUGGCCACCUCUCGGUCAGUGGCCAGCCGAUAGCAAAGUGACCGUGAGCGAGUUCGACGCGUGGUCCGUCGCUGCAAGACUCUCGCGGGAGUUUGGUCUAGCGGCUCUACUCGGCGUUGAAGCUGCGCUUGACAAGACUUUCGGAAAACACGUAAUCGAGUUACAGCUGCCCCAGCCGCUGUUCUUUCGAGACGACGAACAGCACAAAGACAUUGUCUCCAUGUUCAGAGGUGCCAUUACCGAAUCGGCGCAGCUCACGCAGAGUUCGGGCAUGAUCUACGUGCUCAUGUCAGAUGUUAUGGCCGUAUUUAAAAGCGUCGCAAAACGGAGGCCCAUGUUCCCAGGCCUGGAGGUGAGACUCGUUACGGUAAAUAACCUAGAAAGCGGUGUUCGUAACUUCCUCACCGUUGUCUUCGAAGGCACUCUCGAGAGCAACGUGACGGUGCAGUACAGAAAUCCCACUUACUUUGAGCACGAGCUAAAUGGCUUGUUCCGCGAAGUCGGGCCCCGCGCUGUCAUGAACUACCUGGGCUUCCGCCUGCUUGUCCGCUUAGCGCCUUUCCUACCAAAAACUACGAACUUGCUGCGGCUGCACAGCAUCGAGUCCCUUGGCCGCGUUCUCUCGCCGAUGACAAAAUGGGUUCUUUGUUUGCGCGCCGUCGCCUCGGUGCUCCCGGUGUGCGUAGUGAAGGCGCAUGCGAGGCUCACGAUCGCCAGUGGCAGUCACCUUACUAGCCGCGCCUGGCUGUCUCAGCUGGAGAGCCUGUUCUUCCGCAGCUCACGGAACUACGCAUGGAUGGACAGUGCGACGCACCGCGUGACGCGCUUUAUGCUCAUGCGCCUCCGGCUGGCCCGCUUUUACCCACAGUGGUCGCUGAAUCGAGACUCUUGCGCGGGAGGUGCCCUGCCGCCGUCCGGCGGACCGAUACACAUGUUACACGAAGCCUCGAGGUUGUACCAGAACCAGCGGCUGGUGCAGUUCACGCGCCAUACCCGUCCUCGAGACGUGGGCGACGCCUUCGGGACCCUCGCCAGUGCUGGCACACGCUUCGUCGUGACACUGUUAGCGCCGCACCGGGCCCGCAGGUUUAACCCGGGCCACCUGGCGGUGUACGUGCCGUUCGGCAUUGUGAACACGACCGUGCCAGGCAACGGCACCGUGUUCACAUUCGAGCUUUCCCGAAUGGCGACUCGAUUUUACGCCGGCCUGGUGCCCGCGCUGUUUGAGGACGGUGCGGCGGACGAGAGCGCCCUGCUGCGCUUCACCGACACAGCCGUGCGCAAGCUCGACCAGCUGCUCGACUGCCUGGCGCGCGACUACCGCAACCUGCCGCUGGCCUUGCGCGAGGGCAGCGAAGACGGCUUCGUCGAUCCCGAUCGCGCCCGCUACGUGCUGCUCGCGCAAACAGCCGCCGUCAUCUUGGCCCACGCUGCCUUCAAGGAGCUGCUACACGUGAAGCGGAUCUGGAAGUACGACUUCCGCUUCGCACCCCUUCCGGACCUGACUUCAGAGCAGCUUUUCUUCGCCUACUUUGCGCGCGACAACUGCGAAUGCAGCGACGACGCACACAAGGCGCACGACUACGUCAUCAACGCCCGGCUGCCACCCGAGCAGCGCGUCAACUUCGCGCUACGCCACCUGCCGGCCUUCGGCGAAGCCUUCCACUGUUCUCGCGACGCUCCGAUGCGACCUCUGGAGGGCUCCGUGUGUCGCGUAUUCGAAUCCCUGGAGUCAUUUUGA